AUGAAAAGCUUGGGGAAAAUUGUAGGUUCUCAUUCAAUAUCCAUCAAGCAAUUAGAGUCGCAACUUGGCCAAAUCUCGGCCACUCUCAACCAAAGACAAAAGGGCACACUCCCUAGUGACACGGUGGCAAAUCCAAAGAAUUAUGGUGACCAUAAGUGCCAUGCAAUCACUACUAGGAGUGGCAAGACAAUUGGGGGAGAGAUGUUGGUGAAAAAUAAUGUGGUGGUCGAUGAAGAGAAAAUAGUUGAAGAACCCAUCGGUGUUGAGGAAGAAGUGACUUCAAAGAAAAAGCGCGCUAGUAUUGAAAAACCCAUAAUUGUUGAAGAUGGUCCGGAAAUUGAUGCAGCUUUGAAAGGCGAGAAAGCGGUAGAGAAGAUGCCAAGGGCUUUACCGCCCGUUCCAAAGCCUCUUCCUCCAUUUCCUCAACGAUUAGCAAAGAAAGCGGAUGAUGGAAAAUUUUUCAAGUUUAUCGAGAGAUUGAAAGGGCUUUUAAUUAACAUUCCCUUAGUGGAAGCAGCUGAACAAAUGCCCGGUUAUGCCAAAUGCAUGAAAGAUCUUGUAACCAAGAGGAGACAUGUUAGUUUUGAAAUGGUGGGAGUUACACAUCAUUGUAGCUCUAUUGUGAAGAAGGCCUUGGUUCAAAAGAAGGAAGAUCCGGGAGCUUUCACCAUUCCUUGUGCAAUUGGGAUGUAUAAAUUUGCCAAAGCACUAUGUGAUCUUGGAGCAAGCAUUAACUUGAUGCUGUUCGCUAUUUUCAACAAGUUGGGUUUGGGCACUCCCCGACCCACAACAAUGAGAUUGCUAAUGGCAGAUAGAACCAUGAAGAAACCAAUUGCUAUCCUCUAUGAUGUGCAAGUGAGAGUUGAUCGAUUCAUUUUUUCGGCCGACUUUGUGAUCUUUGAUUGUGAAGUUGAUUUCAAGGUACCCAUAAUAUUGGGAAGACCUUUCUUGGCCACGGGACAUGCUCUUGUAGAUGUGGAGAGGGGUGAUCUAAAAUUUAGAAUGAAUGAUGAAGAGGUCACUUUCCAUAUUUGCAAGUCAAUGAAACAACCAACGAAUAUAAGUGUUGUAUCGGUUAUUGAUAUAAUUGAUGAAGCCAUAGAGACAACCGUUGAGCAUGAACAUGUGGGUGAUAUGUUGACGGCGGUGAUAAUGAACUAUGUAGGGGAAAAUAAAGAAGAGUUCGAGGAGACAUUUAAUGCAUUGAGUGGGUUGGGUUUAUAUCACUUGUUAUACCCCAUUUAA